CAACUUCCCAGCCUCCAUUCGGCGUUGAUCGUCCGGCAGCCCUUCCGAUAAAGAGCGUGCAGCUGUCUGCGACGUCUUCCUGACGGCAGCACUUUAUACAUUAUCACCUGGCGCACCAGUGCUGUAAUCGAUCCACUCCUGAAAGCCUGAGAACCAUUGUCGCGUAAUCCACGGGCAGCAAUUGACCAAGUCUUAUCCGCUCUGGAACGAGCCACUGCCACAGCGCAUCGCAUCGCAUCGCAUCACACAAUGGCGGAACCACGAGACCGACCGCUUCAUGAGUAUGUGCUUGGCUUCUCUCCCGUGACAUGGUCGAUAUCUACGUCGGUCAAGAGAACACGCACUGGGUGCUUCACGAGAAGCUGCUCUGCUACCGAAGCCGCUUCUUCCGCAACAUCUUCUACAACAAGGAAGGCAGCAAGAACCAUGUCUACGGCCUGCCGGACGACGAUGACGAACCCUUCCGCCUCUUCGUUGGCUGGCUUUACUCCGACGCGAUUCCACACCCGAAGGAGGAGAAAGACCUCAGCCCGUUGUUCGACCUAUACCUUAUGGCCGAGAAGUGGGAGAUCAAGAAGCUGAUCCUUGACGUGCUUGACGCCGUCCGCCGCUGGUACCACGAUACCAACACCUGGCCUGGUCUGCGCCGGGUACAGUACAUCUAUUCCAACACCGAGCUCGAGUCGCCUAUGCGGCAAUUGCUCGUGCAGUGUGUUGCGCGCAUGCUGGUUGUUGGUGACAAGGGUAUCCCAUCACAUUGGGAAAAUGCGCUAAGGAAGAACGGCCAAUUGGCUGUGGACAUAAUCAUGACGGUGCAGAAGUGGCACGUUGACCCGGAAGGCGUGCCGGAUGCGAGAGACGAGCCGGUUGAGCCGAUCGUCGAAGAGGCGGAGCAGAAGGUCGAGGAGCGCAAGGAUCGGGAAGAUGAUGCCGACGAGGGUGCAAAUCAGAUGAAGACGAACGGGGUGGACCACGAGGAGGAGAACGGUGAGCAAGAAGAGGAAGAAGAAGAGGAAGAGUCGUAGAUCUUUCGCACUAACGGCAGGAUUGAUUGGAAUACUCCGGGUUUGGUAUCUUAGCGAAAUUCUGUUUG